AUGGCACCCGCACCUGCCGACCUCCUCGCGGCGUUUGUGCCCGGCACCAGGACCUGGUUCCCAGACAAGGACCUCGGCUGGACCAGCGCAACUCUCGCCAAGCCCGUCACAAAGAGCGAUUCGGGCGAUAUCACGCUCGAAUUCACCCUCGAUGACACGGGCACAGCAAAGACCGUCAUCACUUCCGAUGCAAAACUCGCCGCCAAGGAUGGCGAGGACCAGCUGCCUCCGCUCCGCAACCCGCCACUCCUCGAGGCCACCGACGACCUCACCAACCUCAGUUACCUCAACGAACCUUCGGUCUUGCAUACUAUCCUCAACAGAUACUCGCAACGCAUCAUUUACACCUACUCUGGUAUCGUGCUCAUCGCUGUCAACCCCUUCUACGGCCUCAGCCUCUACAGCCCCGAGAUCAUCCAGGCCUACUCAGGCAGACGCAAGGGUGAGCUCGAACCACAUCUCUUUGCCAUCGCAGAAGACGCCUAUCGAUGCAUGAUCCGAGACGAGAAAGACCAGACCAUCGUCGUCAGCGGUGAGUCCGGUGCCGGUAAGACGGUAUCCGCAAAGUACAUCAUGCGAUACUUUGCCACCGUCGAGGACCCAGAUCGUCCCGGCAGUCGCAAGGCUGGAUCAGCAGGCAAGGACACCAGCGGCAUGAGCGAGACCGAGCAGCAAAUUCUCGCCACCAACCCCAUCAUGGAAGCCUUUGGCAACGCAAAGACCACUCGCAACGACAACUCGUCGCGCUUCGGAAAGUACCUUGAGAUCCUCUUUGACAAGAGUCACGAGAUCGUCGGCGCAAAGAUGCGCACCUACCUGCUCGAACGUUCGCGCCUCGUCUAUCAGCCCGAGACCGAGCGCAACUACCACAUCUUCUACCAGCUCUGUGCAGGCGCGCCUUCGUCCGAAAAGAAGGAUCUCGGCCUCGAAGACGCUUCCAAGUUCUUCUACCUCAACCAAGGCGGCGCCGGCAGCCACAUUAUCAACGGUGUCAACGAUGCCGAGGACUUCAAGGCUACGCAGAAGGCGCUCAGCACCGUCGGCCUCACCAUCGAACGUCAGUGGAACAUCUUCCGUCUCUUGGCUGCGCUCUUGCACCUCGGCAAUGUCAACAUCACCGCCGCACGAAACGAUGCCGUCUUGGCCGACGACGAUCCCAGCCUGUUCAUGGCCACCCGUAUGCUCGGAAUCGACUCGUCCGAGUUCCGCAAGUGGACCGUCAAGAAGCAGCUUCAAACUCGUGGCGAAAAAGUAGUCUCCAACCUCACCCAGGCCCAAGCCAUUGUCGUUCGUGACUCGGUCUCCAAGUACGUCUACACCUGCCUCUUUGACUGGCUCGUCGACCAGAUGAACCGUUCGCUUGCGCUCGGCUCAUCCAAAUCGCGCGAGUCCAUGAUCGGUGUUCUGGAUAUUUACGGCUUUGAGCGUUUCAAGGUCAACUCGUACGAGCAGUUCUGCAUCAACUACGCCAACGAACGUCUCCAGCAUGAAUUCAACCACCACGUCUUUAAGCUCGAGCAGGAAGAGUAUCUGCAGGAGCAAAUCUCGUGGACUUUUAUCGACUUUUCCGACAACCAGCCAUGCAUCGACAUGAUCGAGGGUAAGCUCGGUAUCCUCUCGCUCCUCGACGAAGAGUCCCGUCUCCCUUCCGGCUCCGACGAGUCCUUCGUACAGAAGCUCUACACCCAGAUGGACCGACGUCCCGAGUUCAAGAACGCCUUCAAAAAGCCUCGCUUCGGCACCACCGGCUUCACCGUCUGCCAUUAUGCCCUCGACGUCGAGUACUCGAGCGCAGGCUUUGUCGAGAAGAACAAGGACACUGUGCCAGAUGAGCACCUUAACCUGCUCAACAACACCACCAACGUCUUCCUCAAGGAGGUCCUCGACACAGCCGUCAACUUGCACAAGCCCGACGAUUCCAACGAUGCCUCGGCCGACUCGGCUGCAGUCAAGCCUGCCCCUCGCAAGCUACCUGGCGCUAGCAUCAAGAAGCCCACCCUAGGUUCGCAGUUCAAGACAUCGCUCAUCAGCCUCAUGAACACCAUCGACAGCACCAACGUCCACUACAUCCGCUGCAUCAAGCCCAACGAGGCCAAAAAGGCCUGGGAGGUCGAGCCACAAAACGUCCUCGGCCAGCUCCGAGCUUGUGGUGUGCUCGAGACCAUCCGCAUCAGUUGUGCCGGUUACCCUUCGCGCUGGACGUUUGCCGACUUUGCUGAGCGUUACUACAUGCUCGUUCCCUCGGACCGCUGGAAUAUGUCAGACAUGGACAAGGUCAAGGCUUUGGCUACCCAUAUCCUUACUACCACCAUCACCGAGAAGGACAAGUACCAGAUUGGUCUUACCAAGAUCUUCUUCCGUGCUGGCAUGCUCGCCCAGUUCGAGCAGAGACGCACCGAUCGCCUGAAUUCAGUCACUACCGUCAUCCAGAAGAACUUGAGGCGUCACGUCCAAAUGAAAAAGUACCAGGCCAUGCGAACCAACGCAGUCAAGAUACAGUCGUGGUGGCGAAUGCGCUUGGCCAUCAAGCAAGUCAACGAGCUUCGACAGGCUACAGCCGCUACCAAGAUCCAAACCGUAACGCGUGGUUUCUUGGCGCGCAAGCAGUACCAAACCACACGCCAGGCCGUCAUCAAGAUCCAGAGCGUCGUCCGUGGACGAGCCGUGCGAUCCACAUACAAGACGGCCAAGAUCGACUUUUCGGCGACGCGCCUUCAGGCGCUGUUGCGCGGUGCCAUGGCUCGACGCCAAUUCCGCAAGGAGAAGCAAGGCGUUAUCCACCUUCAAUCGUGCUACCGUCGUCGCCUCGCCAAGAAAGAGCUCAUGGCACGACGGAACGAAGCCCGAUCCGUUUCGCAUUUCAAGGAGGUCUCGUACAAGCUCGAGAACAAGGUCGUUGAGCUCACGCAGAAUCUGCAGAAACGCAUCAAGGACAACAAGGAGCUUUCGGCCAAGAUCAAGGCGCUCGAGGCCCAGAUGCUUACAUGGCAAGGCAAGCACGAGGAAGUUGAAGGCAGGAACCGCGGCCUCGCCGAGGAGCUCGCCAAGCCCACCGUCGCCAUGGCAGAGUUUGAGGCGCUCUUGGCCGCCAAGAAGGAGCUCGACGCCAAGCAAGAGGCCUCGCUCAAGCGUAUCGCCGAGCAGGACAAGCGCAUCAACGAUCUUACCGCCGAAAUCGAGCGUCAGGCCGAUGAAUUGCAGGCACGAUCCGAGGCUCUCAAUGGCGCCACCAAAUCGUCCGAGGACGAUGUUGCCACAAUCAACACGCUUCGAUCCGAAGUGGCUUCGUUGCGCGAACAGCUCAACCGCGCCAAUGCGCUCAACACGCUGCAGAAGAACUCGCAGCGCAUCGAAAACGCAGCGCCGCCCGUCUUCAACAUGUCUACGGGCAAGGAGAACGGCUACACCACAGGUGGCAGCAAGCGCCGUCCUCGUCGUCACAGCGAGGCUGGCCCCUGGAGCGACGUCCCUGCCGGUCGUGACGAGCACGAGGAGGCCAUGAUGGCGGCCAAGCGCAGCGCCGCCACCGCCAACCGUCAUGUCUCGGUCGCUUUUGGCCUCGAAGGCCACCAGAUUCCUGGCUUUGGUCAGCGCAACGGCUACGACGACGAGUACGACCAGGACGACCCGUCCGAGGAGAUCAUCCGCAUCCUUGAGAAUGAGGAGCAGCUCGACGAGGAUGUCCUCAACGGACUCAUUCGCUACCUCAAGGUGCCCGCUCCGAGUCUGCAGAACCCGCCUUCGCCCAAGGAAGUACUGUUCCCAGCUCACCUCAUCUCGCUCGUUACCAACGAGAUGUGGAAGUACGGACUGGUGCGUGAAUCUGAACGCUUCCUGGCCAACGUGAUGCAGACGAUUCAGCAGCAUGUCAUGUCGUUCCAGGGUGAGGACGCUAUCAUUCCAGGCAUCUUUUGGCUGUCCAACGUGCACGAGAUCCUGUCGUUUGUCUGCAUCGCCGAGAGCGACAUGCUGCAGGGCAUUGGUCCCGGCGUGGAUGGUGCGGCUCGAUCGUUCGAGUGGGGCGACUACGAACGCCUUGUCACGAUUGUCAAGCACGACCUGGACUCGCUCGAGUACAACAUCUACCACACCUGGAUGCAGGAGGCCAAGAAGCGCCUGCACAAGAUGGUGAUCCCAGCGCUGGUCGAGAGUCAGUCAUUGCCAGGCUUUGUGACGAGCGACCACUCGGGCCGUCUGUUUAACCGGCUGCUUUCGAACAACUCGACACCCAUGCAUACGAUGGAUGAUAUCCUGGGCAUCCUAAACAAAGUGUGGAAGAGUCUCAAGAGCUACUACGUUGAGCCAUCGGUGACGCAGCAGGUGGUGACGGAGCUACUCAAGCUGAUCGGCGUCACGAGCUUCAACGAUCUGCUGAUGCGAAGGAACUUUUGUUCGUGGAAGCGAGCGAUGCAGAUCCAGUACAACAUUACGCGCAUCGAAGAGUGGUGCAAGUCGCACGACAUGCCCGAGGGCACGCUGCAGCUUGAGCACCUCAUGCAGGCGACUAAGCUUCUCCAACUCAAGAAGGCGACGCUAGGCGAUAUCGACAUUAUCUACGAUGUCUGCUGGAUGUUGACGCCAACGCAGAUCCAGAAACUCAUCUCCCACUACUACGUGGCUGAUUACGAGAACCCGAUCUCGCCCGAGAUCCUCAAGGCGGUGGCGUCGAGAGUGGUACCCAACGACCGUAACGACCACCUGCUGCUGCCGCCCGAGGUAGACGAGGCCGGACCGUACGAGUUGCCCUUGCCAAGGGAGGUGACGGGAAUCGAGACGUACUGUCCCGCGUACAUUUCAGUUCCUGCCAUUCGACGCUUGGCCAGCCGCGUAGCGUAG